UAGAGUACAGCAGAAUUACGAAAUUGAGAAAAUUUGGAGGAAAAAUUAGCAAUUUUUUAUUAUAUUAUAUAUUAUUAUAUAAUAAUAUUAUAUAUAUAUAUUUUUUUGUUUUUUGUUUUUUUUGGACCCUAGAUCUCUGGACUAUUCUCUAUUGGACCAGAUUCCACAGUGGGAGAAGAUGAAGCUCCAGGUCAUCGUUUUAUUGGUGGUUCUUCUCAGCUUGUGUUCUGCAGCUCCUAUCCUUCAGCCACGAAUAGGAAUAAUUGCAAGUAACAGCAAUGAGAUCUUACGUCUCAAUGGAAUCACCCUGGCUGGUAUGGGCAUGGGCAUGGGCAUGGGAGUGGGCCAAGCACAGGGAACACCGUUAUUUUCCCCUUUCCUGAUACAACCACAAGCAGACGUCCUUCUGUCUCCACAGAUAUUGAACUUUGGUGCCCAGUUGCCCUUUUUACCACCCCAACAGAAUCAACUGCCACAAGUACUGAUACCCCCCAAUCCACAGGAGCAGCCCACCGCCCUGAACCCCAACAACCCUCAACUCAACCAGAACCCUGGCCAGAUGGUUCCUCAGUUCUUCCCCUUCCCUCAAGGAACAGGAGGACAGCAGGGAUUCCCGUAUUACCUGACUUAUGGCUUCAAUGGAGGGAACCCGCAGUUGGGAUUUCCACCCAACCAGAAACUGGCCCCACAAAUCCCAGUAAGGCCAACUCUGGCCCCCCGGCCACCUGUUCGGAACAAUGGAAACAUUCUGGAACCAUGGCGUUUGACUCCACCCCCUGAUAACCGUGGGGACCGCCCUGGCGUUGAUGGGGAUCCUGCAUUGUCCUUUUUUAAGCCAUAGACAUUAAUAGUAAAAAGGCAGCCUGCUCUCAAGAAAAAGCACUAAGAACUAAGAACUUACAAAUAGCACAACUAUUGAAUUUUGAAAAGAAUAUUUUCCUGUAACCCAUCAAUACAACAAAUAUCUUAUUAAUUCAAAUGCAAUAAUUAAUUAGCAUUGUCAUGUUUGUAUACCAGCGGAUAAUAAAUGCUUUUGUGUUGAGAA